GAUAUUACGGAGGGGGAAUGAGCUUCGUUAUUGGCAUGAACACUGUUGGCACUUCGUUGAGCGAGCAAAAAAUAAAGAAACGGCAAAAGUCAAGGGCUAUUAAGGGAUUAGAAGCGAUCCACAAGCAUGGCAUCCUCCACAAUGACAUUCAGGAGGAAAACAUCUUAAUUAAUGACAACGGUGACAUCUACCUGAUUGACUUCGGGAUGGCAAGUCGGGCGGACACAAAAAAGAAGAGAAAGCUUUUCAGGGAGGAACAGUCAAAUAUUCUAACUUGCUAGUUUCGUAAAGAACACGAGACGAAUUUUCAAGUCACGUAAAUGUCAGGUGGUUAGUUAGACUGUAGGAUUAUACAUUAGACAUUAGCAUAGA